GACUCACUAGAAUAGCGGUUCAGUUCAGACACACACACACCAACCAACCGGAGUCAUCUUUCGAUCAAGUAGCAUAGCCUAAACAGAAUCUGAAGAGGUAGAAUUAAUUGCUCGAAACCAAAAAGAGACGGGAUAACGAGGAAGCUCUCGUUCAAUUACGUCAAAGAGAUUAGACUAUUCUGAUAACCUGCAGGUAGGCUGCUACGUGUGAUUGGUGGUAGGGUUACUGUAGGAGACAUUUUGCAUUGGCGGCGCAGCGGGUUGUGCGGAUUGGCUGAGCGAUGCAAGGUAGAAUUGGGCGACACUCAGGAAGAAACUGAUAUCAGUCCGACUUCAGUCGGCACUAGACGGGGGGGGCGUAUCUCCUCACGAGUCAGCACAAGGAGGUGAAAAACGGUGUGUCUAAUCACUUCGGUCUUCCCUGGUGGCGACAUGGCGAGGGAGAACGGAGAGUCGGGCGGGGAUGGAUCUUGGAAGAAGAAUGUCGACGAUAUCAAGCAUGUAUUCGAGUUCAAAGAAGUCCUUGGAACUGGUGCGUUCUCUGAGGUGAUCAUGGCCAGGGAGAAGGCCACAGGGAAGAUGGUUGCAGUGAAGUGCAUCCCUAAGAAAGCACUGAAGGGAAAAGAGACCAGCAUUGAGAAUGAAAUCGCCGUGCUUAGGAAGAUAAAACAUGAGAACAUUGUGGCUUUGGAGGACAUCUAUGAGAGCUCCAACCACCUAUACCUCAUCAUGCAGUUGGUGUCUGGUGGUGAGUUGUUUGACCGCAUCGUAGAGAAGGGUUUCUACACAGAGAUGGACGCCAGCAGGCUCAUUAAACAGGUGCUUGACGCUGUCAACUACCUCCACGACAUGGGCAUCGUACACAGAGACCUCAAGCCAGAGAACCUGCUUUACUACAACCCCCAUGACGAGGCCAAGAUCAUGAUCAGUGACUUUGGUCUGUCUAAGAUGGAGGGGACAGGAGACGUGAUGGCCACUGCCUGUGGGACGCCAGGAUAUGUGGCCCCAGAGGUUCUGGCUCAGAAGCCCUACAGCAAGGCAGUGGACUGCUGGUCUAUCGGAGUCAUCGCCUACAUUCUGUUGUGUGGUUACCCUCCAUUCUAUGACGAGAAUGACUCUAAGUUGUUUGAGCAGAUACUCAAGGCAGACUAUGAGUUUGAUGCUCCAUAUUGGGAUGAUAUAUCGGAUUCAGCCAAAGAGUUCAUCAGCUCUCUGAUGGAGAAGGAUCCACAGAAGAGAUACACAUGUGACCAGGCUCUAGCCCAUCCCUGGAUUGCUGGGGACACGGCUCUCUGCAAGAACAUCCAUGAAUCAGUCAGUCGGCAGAUGAGGAAAAAUUUUGCCAAAAGCAAAUGGAGGCAAGCGUUUAACGCCACGGCAGUGAUUCGUCAUAUGAGGCGCUUGCAGCUGGGCAGUAGUCUGAACAGCAGCUUUGGCAGCAGUAUGAGCUUUGACCAACAGGGACCGAACUCUGUGCUGGCCAAGAGCAUGUCUGUAGACUGUGCCACCCUCUCACGCAAAGAUGGUCCUCCACAACCUCUGCCCACUCUGCCUCUCUCCACUGCAGCCUGCAGUGCCCCUGCCAGCAUCAGAGGGGAACCACAGGCAGAACUACAGGUUGUGGCUACAGCUGCAACGGUGGAGCCACCCCGGCCACGCCCCUCCACAGUCACCACCAUCCACAUGGGGACUAAAUGACGUCAGGUUCCGCGGGAGGUCAGUUGGGAGACCACAGAGCUUUGAGUUGGUAUUCUAAUUCAGCCCCUCAGAAUUCCAGAAUUUCUCUCCUAGUCUCCCAUCCCGCCCAUUAUCAGCUGUUGGGAUUGAGAACUUGAGGACUCUGUCUGUACCCAACCACAGUAAGUGUAUUCAGAGAUGUGAAAUAAAAUGGAGAGCUCACAGGAUUUCCUAUUCUAUCAAACAGACAAUCAUAUCUGUUCGACAUGAUACAUGCCUAUUUGAACAUUCUACUUCCUAACGGACCACAGGUCUGGUGGUGAAGAGAUGAGGAAGACCACUGUCUCUCUCUCUCUCUCUCUCUCUGUGUACUGACCAGAGGGUUUAGUUUCCCAGUGUUUAAAUUGGGUUUGUGCACUCGGUACGGAGUAAUUGCAACACAAAAUGUUCACCUCUUAUAGAAUUGUUCACUCUAAAAUAUGAACACGGACAUUGAAAAUAUUGUACUGUAAAAUGAAAAUGAGCCUGGCUCCUGAAAUGAAUACCGGCACCUUUGUCAUUCCACUUCAAGCACUGCCGUGUUGUAAGACUCUCCUCCAGAAGACAAGAAGAACGGUUUUGUAUGGGACAUUGGUGGUGUUAUGAGGCCACACUACGCUAGGUUGAAGAUGGAGAAGGUUAAGACAACGUAAUAAUUCCGUGCAGAUGCGUUCGAAUAGAAACAAAUUCAUUGGACCAGCGCUGGAGCGAAAAUGACUGGGAGUGAAUGUUAGCGGUUCAGAAAGUUUGCCAUCAAAGUGGAAAAUAAACACAAUCGUAGAGAAUAUCUGUUAACUACUCAGCCAACAAAUAACUGAACUGUUUUACUGUCAUUCUAUUAGUUUAAACGUUUUUUUUAAAUUUUAUUUCAAUGAGCUACAGACACUUUACUACUUGAUUCCCCAACCGCUGGUCACGUUUUCAAUGCUUUAUCUCCUGUAAAAUCAGCAACAGCACUGGUCCAAUGAAUGUGUUUCUCUUCAAAUGCUGCCACAUGGAAUUGUGACGUUUUUCUUCUCCUUAUAUGGGAACUCGUCAUGUUUUUAUUAUAGUCUUUGUUAUUGCUGUAAUUCUGAGACUGUGAGUGUCAGGGGCAUCACGCCCUCUAUGCCUUGUGUUCAAAAUUGCACCCUGAAACCAUUGUGAGGAGUUACUUUUAUGAAACUGAAACAGCAUUCAAGGAUAAAAUAGUGGUGACUUCUUAUUCUAAUUUCUAGUUUUCAUUUUUAGCUGCAGUUAAGGUUGAGUAAAAUCACUGGUUCGUUAUUCCCCUCUGUAGGGCAUAGCGGUUAUAUAUAUAUAUUUGCUUUAUGUUUUCUGGAUGUAUAAUGUCAGAGAAACACAUCUAUCUGCAGAAUCAUACACACACCUGUGAAUGAAGUGCUUUACUGGUGUGAGACAACUGGCAAGAGCAGUUUUGACGGCCGGUUGUGACGGUAAUGCCGGUUGUGACGGUAAUGCCGGUUGUGACGGUAAUGCCGGUUGUGACGGUUAUGCAUAUUCAUCGUACACUUUUCCUGAUUGAAAGGUAUUGAAUGAUUUAUUUUCUUAUUCUGACUCUUGUAAGAACUUUACUUACAGGGGAAAGAAAAUUGUAAAUGUGUCACAAGACUUUUACGUUGUAAUGUAUAAACGGUCAGAUAUGUUGUCAGUAGUAGGUUGAAAUGUAUAGUUGUUACUUAUGAAUAAUUGCGAUGUAACUCUGAUGCCAUCCUUAGCAUAAGGAUAGCAUAGCUUUGUGACGUGUUCUCAGGGAGAUGCUCUGACAAUUUGAUGAAAUGAAAUCCCAGUUAUGAUGCUGAGGUUCACAUUUAUGAUGAUGAUGAUGCAUGUAUUGACUAAAGCAAGCUUUGCAUAUUCUUACGUGUCCCGUCAGGACAGUUCAGCUCAUAAUUAAAACAAUUUGGUGGGGAUGAACCUUACGUGGAAUGGACAGUUUGAUAUAUCCCAUUUUGGGGGCAUUGUUUAAAAACUAAUAAUAAUUGGGAUGAGACUGAAAUGAUGUGUAUUAUAACAAUGACCACUGCAAUAGAGUUCAAUUUAAACACAUAUGACAAACUAAGGAAUAAAGAUUGAAGUCAUUUGAUAAUCAGUGCGCCAUUGCAGAAUAAUUUUGUAGGAGCCUGUGUAGUAUAGCCAACUUUAGUUACCUGUGCUGCUUUGCUUCUUCCCCCCAGGCGCUGGCUGUUCCCACAAGUGCUCACACACUGUUUGGUCAGUGUACUUUCAUACCCAUCCUUUGAAUUUAGCAGCCAGUUGCUGUCUCUCUCACUGUCCUCACUCUCUGUCUUCGCUCCUCUCUCCCAAAACGAACGGUCUUCACGCUGCAAAGGAGGAGGGAAAUCUGUCUAGCAAGCGUUUUUUACCUGUGAUACCACUGCUUAAUAUUUCAAUGUUCGACAUGGAACAGUAUAUUUGCUUGGAUUGCAGUGUUUAUUGAUUUUCUACGUUACAAAUACUGUAUGUUCUCUUCAAAAACAGCAUGAUACAAAGCACGAAAUAUAAAGCUUUUACAAAGCAUGCAUGAAAAGCACUUUGUUUGAGAGAUACUGUGUAUAUAGGUUGUGAUAAAUUGGACUACAAGAUGACUAACUCUUGAAUAAAAUCAAAUAAAAAGUAAGAAUAUACUUAACUCCA